AUGCUCUUCGACGUUUUCGCGCGCGUCCGAUGCCGUCUGGACAUUCUGAACGACAUCCUCCUGCAGCGUUAUCACUGCAAGCACCUCCCGAGCCGCGCCGAGGACGUCAUCGUCGACGACCUGCGCGGCAAGACGUGCGUUGUGACCGGACCGACGAGCGGAAUCGGCGUCACCACCGCGCGUGCGCUCGUCAAACGCGGCGCGCGCGUCGUUUUGGCGUGUCGCACUCCCUCAAAGGCCGAGGCAUUGGUCGAGCGUUGGACGAAGGAGGCGGCGGCGGUCGGGACGGCGCCGCCGGACUGCGCGGUGAUGGCGUUGGAUUUGGACUCGCUCGCGAGCGUCGAAGCGUUCGCGAAGGCGUUUCAACAACGUGAGAAACGGUUGGACGUGUUGAUCAAUAAUGCCGGGAUUUUCGAUAUGUCUGGAGCGUACGUCAGGACGAGCGAUGGGCGGGAGCAGCAUUUACAGGCGAAUUUCCUGGCACCGGCGUUGCUGACGAUGACGCUGUUGAACGCUCUGCGAAAGACUGGGGCGGAGACUGGGGAUGCGAGGGUGGUUUUCGUGAGUAGUAAGCUGCACGAAUUGUGCACGGGGUUAAAUUUGAGUGAUAUGGACUUUAAACGCUCGUCGUACAGCUCGCAAGCGGCGUAUGCGUCCAGCAAGCUCGCGGAGGUGCUAUUCGUAAAGGCGCUCGACGCGCGUCUGCGCGCAAAGGCGCCGGGCACGCGCGCGCUGGUGUUGCACCCUGGAAACAUCGUCACUGGCGUCGUUCGCACGCUUCCGAUGUGGUUACAGUCUUUGUAUAAGAUAUUAUUCGAGCGAAUUUUGCUCACUGCUGACCAAGGCGCGCGAUGUUCGCUGUACUGUGCGACAAGAACCGAGGCGGUGGCGAGCGCCACCAUCGGGCCGUAUUUUACAUCCGAGUGCGAGGAGCGUACGCCGAGCAAGUAUGCGCUCGUCGAAGGCGAGGCAGAGAAGCUGUGGCGAUACACACUGAAGGAAUUAGGCUUAGAAGAUGAUAUCAUCUAG